AUGUCUAUCAAAUUAAGUGAAUUAGUAUUUAAUACUGUAUCUGAUAUUCAUACAUCUCCAAUUGACUCUGAUAUGAGAACUAUUGUUAAUGCUGUAGAGAAAGUUGAUGGAGCAGAUAUUGCUUUAAGACUUCAAUUAGAGGAUAAGAUGCUAUUUCUUCCAACUGAAGUAACAAGACUAAUUCCACAUGUAGAACAUAAUUUAAGAAAUAUUACAAGAGCACUUGAAAUUGGUUCAGGUGAUUUAGAAACUAUUUAUAAGCAUGGAAUGAAAAUUAGUGCUAAGUAUCAAAAACAAUGUGCCCUUUGUCGUAAACAAGCAGCUAGAUAUGAUGCUAAUCAAUUAAAUGCUAUUGAAGAAAUAGGUGAACGUUUAGAAGAAUAUUUAAAAGAAUUAGAAAAAGAAAUUCAAAAUAAUUCAAAUAAACCAGUUGAACCUACUACAUUUUCUGUAGAUGAAAGUGAAUUAGUUAGACCAACUUCUUGUAAGUUUAAUGUCUCAUUAUUACCACCACCUUCAUCUCCAAAACUUCGUUCUAUUCUUCAUUAUAGAGGAGAAUCACCUACUUCUCCAAUAUCUCAAAGUUGUUGUUAUUCACGUAAUGACAAUCAUUUAGAAUCAUCUGGAGAUCUUUCUCCAUUCUGUAAUUUCUCAUUAUCUCUUGACCCAUCAAAAUCUCCAUUAAAGGGAUGUACUCCAAACAUCUUUAGUUUUGAUGAAGAUUUACAAUUUGAUCAACACCAACCUGGUCCGUUACAAAAUUCUUUGCUUUGA